AUGUCCUUCAACGAGAUACGUGGCCGACUAGCCCUAGUCACUGGCGCAUCGGGAGGAAUCGGUGCAGCAUGCGCACACCAGCUCGCACAACACGGGGUCCACCUCGCGCUAACAUACUCGACGAACCUAACAUCAACAAACAACCUCGUCUCAGGUUUACAAUCCAAAUACAGUGGCAACAAGCUCCGCAUCUCAAUUCACCAAGUCGAUGUCGCAUCCACCGACCAAAUCCAGGCCAUGUUCCAGCAGAUCGAGACCGAGCACGGCCAACUACCCGACAUCCUAAUCUCGAACGCCGGAUACGGAAAACGAGUGCCCAAUGUACUUGACAUCACGCUUGACGAGUUUGAUUACAUGUUGAAUGUCAACCUCCGCGCGUCUUUUAUCCUAGUCAAGGGCGUGGUAGAGCACAUGAUGAAUCAGCGAUGGGGACGCAUUGUGUUUGUGUCUUCGAUUGCUGCUUAUGGAGGGGGCAUUAAUGGAUGUCACUACGCAGCUUCCAAGGGUGGACUAACCGGCAUGAUGAAGAACCUCUCGACCCGUCUAGCAGAGUACAACAUAAGCGUCAACGACGUCGCCCCCGCCAUGAUUGGUAGCACGGGCAUGAUCCCUUCUACCAUGAUGAUGGACGAUGUGGUCGCGAAUAUACCACUGCGGAGACUAGGCACGCCCGAGGAGAUGGCCAACUCUGUCACCAUGUUAGUGACAACAGGGUAUAUGACGGGUCAGAGUCUUCUGCUGGCUGGGGGGUUGAGAUAG